AUGUUCAGAACUGUAUCUGAGGCUGGGCAUAGUUGUCUAAAUGAAAGAUACAAUGAGUAUCAAAACACAGAGUUUAGAAACCUCUGGAUCCUGCCAUACAUCUCUGACUACAAAGAUAAAGAUCUCUCUGACAACUUUUUUGAGGAGUUACUAUCCUCCAACUCUUCUACUGCUCCUCAUGAAUCUGGCAUUGAAGACUGUGUUAGAGACUCUAUUGAUGAGGUUGCAAGACUUGCAGACAGAGGGUCUAAUAUAGACAAUGAGCAAGAGAAGAACAAGCAGUGGAGUAGAGCUCAGCCUUGCCCAAACAUUACAGAUUAUAUUCAGAGAAGGAUGGAGAUUUAUUCUCUGGAAUCCCUGCUGAGAGAGUCUAAUAAAUUGGGGUUGCUGAACUCUCACCCUCUAGCCCCACCAACAGCAAUAACAGUAAACUCUGCAAGUGGAGACCAGAUGUUGAAGAUGACCCCUGGUCAGGACCAACCACUGUCCUCACUGCAGACAAGAUGUAUUGCCACUCUCUUCCUCAACAAGCAGUUCUAUGCCAGAGAAUGGAGAGAGAGAGAGCACAUGGAACAAAUCAAGAGGCCAGGCCUUUCUGAUCCCAUCAGCAGCCUCCUACUAGGACUCCCAGCACAGACACUUGAACUAACAGAGAGCUUCCCAGAGACUGUUAGAGCUUCCAAGCUGUCUAUCUAUGACCAGCUCACUGACUCCCUUGAGGAGAGUGAGGGGGAUGAUGAAGAGAAGGACAAAGAGGAGGAUGAUAUGCCAGCUGAGAUUGAUCUCUGA